AUGUCUCCGCCAGGAGAAGAAGAUUUCAGAACUGGCGUUCAGCAGGACUUGUUUCAGUACCAUUUUGCGGAACCUGAUCCCCAUCAGGGCCAUCAGGAUCUUGUUCCGCAAGGCGGGCCUCCUGGGUCCCAACGCGCCGCGUUCAAAUCGAGUCCAAGUCACAUCGAGCGGUUGCGGGCACUGCCAGAAGUGCGUCCGAUCCCAUGGCGAGCAGGUCAGGAGCUGCUACCGGAGAAAGCAAUUGACAGCCCACGCGUGCAACAGCGCGGCGCAAUCCUACUGUCCACGCGAGGAAAUGUAGUGGGGACGCCAUGUACACAUUGCGCUGCUGGAUUCGGACGCUUCUCCCAGUGCAUUACCUUGGAGCCCUGGUUUCAAGGCGCGUGUUCAACAUGUAUCUUCACGUCCAAAGGCAAUAAAUGCAGCUUGCGCCACGAGGCGUCAGGAACGGCUGAUGGAAGGGCGCUCCGCUAUCACUCUUCGAAUCCUGAGAUGCUGAAAUCAUACAUCCUAUCUAAAGCUUCCGACCCCCCAAAACCUCCCAGAAAGCGCAAGAGGCGAUCCGAGGCGGACAACCCCCCACCGAAUAUCAAUUUCUCAGCGCCACCUUCGAAUAUCGCAGAGUCUUUUCCCUCAGCGCCUCCGGAUCUAGACAGAUUACUCCAGGCCGACAUUGCGGGUCGCCAAACUCCCGACGCGCGGGAACAAUCAUAUCAACUAGAAAAGAAGCAGAAGCACCGUGAGAAUGCCGCCCAGGAUGAUAUGGCAGAUACCACAAAUACGCCGAAACAUAUACUUCCUCGGGGCAAACAGCCUUCUAAUGCCAUUUCAUCAACACGCGGCUGGACCGCACCUAAUACACCAAACCCCACUGCUGAGCCGGUAAACUAUAUCCGCACAGUUCAGCAUGCUAAUACACCAACCCCUUCAACUCAACCAGCGAACUACCUUCCGACAGUUCAGCAUGCUACUACACCAAACCCUUCAACUCAAUCGGCGAACUAUAUUGAAACGGUUCUUCACGGUAAUACACCAAACUCCGCGGCGAAGCUCGACCCAUCCGGCCAUACCACGCAACCUUCAACUUCGGCUAUUGAUGCUCUCCCGAAGGAAAAACAACGACACAUACACGUGCUUCUCAGUCGUAUGCAGGGGAAUGUCGAUCAUCUCCAGCAGCAGAUGAAUUUCCUCAAGGCGGUGUUGGGUAUGGAGAUUGAUGAGCCUGGCGAUGUGCGCUGA